CUGCGAACUUAUAUCCCUUUCUAAAACACGAGUUCUGCUGUGUUUGCAUUGAUCUCAUCUAGUUGCUGUGCGCACCACGUGUUUGUGGUAAUGUCGCUUUGAGAAUAUGUGUCGAAAUUUUCAUCUGAGACCUCUCUUUAUCAGUUUUGUGUGUAAGUAAGAUAGAUCUGAAAUGCUGUGUUCUGAUGCUUGAAGAAUUGCAAGAUGAACAUAUUUGUGAAGACAAGUCUUGAAUAUGGCAUUUAGAUGGCGAAUCAUUUUUAUGUCAUAAAGAUUGAUGGUGAAUUUUUGUUUGUAUGCUAUGUAGUUAGCUGUUGAUGAUACAGAUACUUCUUGCGGUGGUUCUCAAAUGCCUCUUUAUUAAGUUUCAGAAAAGAUGCUGUGUUAUGAUGCUUGAGGAGAAGGUGUUCGAUAUAGUUUUACAGCAUGAUCAUGAGGAAUACAGUUAGUUAAAAAGCCCAGAUGAACAGAUUUUUGAAGAAAAAGACAAGUCUCGGAGGUGAUGCUGACAAAGGGUUUCUAAGAUGGCGAAAUGGAGGAGGAACAUACCAUAGCUCGGCCGUAAUUGAUUCCUCGGCUCUGGUUGAGUUUGGAGCAGUAGUUCACGAAAAAGCUAUAUUGGGUGCCGAGGUUCAUGUAGGAUCUAACACUGUUGUUGGACCAUCAGUCAAAAUCGGUCCUUCUACUAAGAUAGGGUAUAAUGUUUCAGUUAGCAACUGUAGUAUUGGCGAGUUAUGUGUCAUCCAUAAUGGAGUCUGCGUUGGCCAAGAUGGAUUUGGGUUUUACGUGGAUGAACAGGGAAACAUGGUGAAGAAGCCUCAAGCUUUAAAUGUGAAGAUAGGGAAUCGUGUGGAAAUUGGAGCAAACACAUGCAUUGACCGGGGCAGCUGGAGAGAAACGGUGAUUGGGGAUGAUACUAAGAUAGACAAUUUAGUUCAGAUAGGCCACAAUGUGGUUAUUGGCAAGUCUUGCUUGCUCUGUGGCCAAGUAGGCAUAGCUGGUUCAGCAGAGAUCGGUGACUAUGUAGUUUUAGGAGGACGUGUUGCAGUUCGAGACCAUGUCUCAAUUGUAUCCAAGGUUCGACUAGCUGCAAAUAGUUGUGUUACCAAAAGCAUUACCGAACCAGGGGACUUCGGUGGCUUUCCUGCUGUAAGCAUCUCUCUGUGUCUGACUAAAACAAAAGCUAAAACAGAGCCAGACUCUGUUUUUUGCUUCUAA